AUGAGCUUAGACCUGUGUGCCUCUAGCUGCCCUUCAUCAUUGUUCGGAGUCUACGACACCGACUGCUACUGCGGCCAAAGGAUUGAGCCAAGUGACAGCAAGGUCAACGACGCUCAAUGCGACAAGGUUUGCCCUGGCAACAAGGGCCAAAUAUGUGGUGGCAAACUAGGACUCGGUCGUCGCGGUGAAGUUCCCGCGGACCAGCUCCUCUCUGUUUAUGGGCGCAGGAAUGACAGUCCUACCACGGCGCUCAAGGUCGUGACCAGCACCCAAGUCAUCACCAUUACGUCUUGCCCGCCUGUAGUCACAGACUGCCCCAUCGGCCAGAAGACCACAAAGACUUGGACUGCCACAGUCGCAGCCCCCCCUCAGCAGGGCCCCGAAGAGUGGCACAAGAAGGUCAUGACGUGCUACGGUGACUACUGCGUUUCUGGUCACGACUGUGAUGAAUGCCAGCAUACUCGUGUUGUCUUUGACGGCGUCAGAUACCAGUGCGAAACUGCCCCGGAUUCCAACUCGCACAGACUUGUUCACUGCAAGGAUGACGAGUGCAAGUACUCCAAGUGCCAUGGCGAUCGUUGCAACCAAAAGGUUGUCUGCUGGGACGGCCAAUGCACACCCGAAGCCUGCUACGGUGACGAGUGCAACAAGAAGCUGGUUUGUAACAACGGCCAUUGUGAGCAUCAGCCUUGUCACGGUGAGGACUGCCACAAGAUGUGGGUUUGCAACCAUGGCGAAUGCACAGCUCAGCCUGGUUGUACCGGUGAUUGUGUUGCUCCUCCGCCUGUAAAGCCUGCUCCCGGUGCUUCACCAAGCUCUGGCCCUUCAUCCGGCUCUGGUUCACCUGGUUCUAGUCGUCCCAAGGGUUCUGGCUCACCAGGCUCCGGGUCAACCGGCUCUGGUUCACCUGGUCUUGGUUCACCAGUAUGGUCCGACUCAGGCAAACCUGGGAGCAGCGGCAAUUCUGGAAAGCCAGGGGACUCUGGCAGUCCCGGCAACAAAGCAGGCACUGGACAUGUCGAAGGUCCCGGCAAGGCUGGCAACGGCGGCAGUGCCAGUCACAAGGAAGAACCCAACAAGCCCGGUAACAGCGGAGCUGCUGACCACAACGACCGUCUUGGCGAGCCCGGCAACAAGGCAGACGCUGGCCAUGACCAAGGCCCUGGUACGUCCGGUCAGAAGGGAGGUUCCGGCAACGUUGGAAGUUCCGGCAACGUUGAAAGUUCCGGCAACAAGGGAAAUCCCGCCAGCCCUAGCAAUUCUGGCAGCAAGAACCGUCCCGCCGGAGUCAAAACUGCGGCACAGCCCAAGAACACCUCGCCAGUAGUCGCCGGUUCCAGCAAGAGCGCAGUUGCUUUCCAUAUCCUGGCUGCCGCUCUUGGGCUAGCGCUCAUGAUGUAG